AUGUUCAUUGUUAUUGUAAUAAGUUUAGGGUUCAUUUGUGGCAAUUUUGUGUAUAAACUCGUCCUCGGAAAGCUGAGAGGGGUUGAUAUAAAACAUUUCAAAAGACACAAUAUUCAUGAUCCCCGAGAAUCAAGACCAGGAUUAAGUAUUAAAAAAGAUCUGAGCAUUCAGUUUAGCGAUUAUCUGCCGAGGAAUAUUUUCAUAACAACAGGAAAUUGGUACCGACAGAGGGAGAGUAUCAAACUAUUUUUACAAACAUACCCGGAUGCUGCUAUGUACCAUCUGUAUAGCUUUCUGGAGGAGGAUUCUCACAAACCAUUCUUCGUGGCUUUUGAUAAAAUUAAUAUUGUGCAAUCCAAAAUUCUGUCGGAUUCAAAUGAAACUAUUUCAAAACAUAUUAGUAGAUUUGGAAGUGAAAGCAUUCGCAAAAAUUUGUCCUCAAUUGAUUUUGGUGCAUGGCUUAUAGACACUUUUCAUCAGGAUGAUUAUGUCAUCGUCAGGAUGGAAAGUGAAAACGAGACUGCCAUUGCCAGGCGGUUAGGCAAAAUAGGUGCACUUGAUUGGAUAGAUAAAUACUAUACAACCUCAAGUGAAAAUGACACUCUUUCUGUUUAUCACGAGGUAUUUAGAAAAAUGAAUAUUCCACUUUUUAUCUGGAACGACGAUGAAAACACCUAUAGUGAUUUUGAUGAACUAAACGGUCACAAAGGACCACCAAGACCAACGAACAUUAUACUGGACUGUGGCUAUUACGAAAACUUUUUAUUUGUCAUGUAUGUGCCUCUAGUUUCAAAGCAAGCUAUUUAUGCUGUUGAAGUUUUAAAAGCGUUCAGUGGACCUAGAUUUCUGCAGACGUCUUUAUUUCUUUCCAGAAAUUUCAUUGUUAAUCAGCGGGAUUUAACCGAAUCUCUUGUUCAUUCAAUAAACAUAGGACUAUACAUGGCAAAUAAGACAAAUGUUGGAAACACAUAUGCGUACCACCAAAUGAGGAACGAGUUGGUAGAAGUUUCAAAAGUGUUGCAACAAUUUGAAACUAAUCCUGUUGAAAUUCAGUACGUAAACACAAUUGGUUUUGAGAAAGAGUCCGAGUCGAAGUUAUGUAAUGAAAGGGUCGUUGAUAUUUUCAAAGAGUUUUUAAACAUAGAUUAUUUACUUCCGCAAUUUAUUCAAGAUAACAGUAUCAAAGUUGAAAACAUUACUAGAAAACAUGGACAAAUCUUUGCUCUCGAUCUCACAGCUGAAAAUUCUGAGAUGAUGAUGAUUUAUAUUUUGAAAAAGUAUGGAGGAAGAAUGGUUGGGAUCAAUACUUGCUAACAUUUUGUAGGAAUAAUGCAGGUCAAACUUGUUCUAAAUCUAAAAAAAUGAAAUGCAAGAGCUAAGUUUUAGAUAUCAUAGUGAUAACUGGUGAGUCGAGAACAAAAGAUUCUUUUUCUGAAGAAUUGAAUGCGGUUUUUUGUAAUUUUAUUCGGGUGUAAAAGAGUUGACCAAAGCAUCGUGAUUUUGUAUGAAACGCUUAAAAAGCGCACAAGAUCAACGCUUUUAUAACCCUAUACAAUUACGAAAGCAGCAUUUUGUAACGUUACGGAGAGUAUGUGCAGUCAACGGAAUAAUGUUACCUGUUACGUGAUUGUUGUCUGUUAAGGAAGUUACGGAGUCGUGUGAAACAUAUAUGUAAUGUCAUUAUUUAUGUAACUAUACUGACUACAAAUUAAAACAAUAAUUAUGUUUA